AUGCCUGAGAAGACCACCAAGAGACCAAAGGUGACGGCGCUUUGUCAGCACUGUCAUGGGCGUAAAGCUGUGAUGAAGAGACCCAAGAACCACCAAAAGCUCUGCAAGGAGUGCUUCUUCUUGGUCUUCGAGACCGAGAUCCACAAUACCAUCUCGGGAGCAGGGCUCUUCAGCCCAGGUGAAAAAAUCGCUAUUGGAGCAUCAGGAGGUAAGGAUUCCACUGUGCUUGCUUCUGUGUUGAAGACGCUUAAUGAGAGGUACGAAUAUGGCGUCAAGCUUGUGCUUCUAUCUAUUGACGAAGGUAUCAAGGGCUAUAGAGAUGACUCGCUCGCUACGGUUAAACGUAAUAAGGACCAGUACAAUAUGGACCUCGAGAUCGUUUCGUAUAAGGAUCUUUACUCGUGGCUGAUGGACGAGAUUGUUGCUUGUGCUGGCAUGAGAAACAGUUGCACAUACUGUGGUGUGCUUCGAAGACAGGCCUUGGAUAGAGGUGCUGCCCAGUUGGGUAUUUCUCAUGUUGUUACAGGGCAUAAUGCUGAUGAUAUGGCUGAGACGGUGCUUAUGAACAUUUUGCGUGGUGAUACAGCUAGACUUGAAAGCUCGACUUCUAUAAUGACACAGUCAAGUGGACUGCCUAUCAAAAGGUCUAAGCCGUUCAAGUAUUCGUACCAGAAGGAGAUCGUGCUUUAUGCCCAUUACAAAAAAUUGGAUUACUUUUCUACGGAGUGCUCGUAUGCUCCAGAAGCGUUUAGAGGCACCGCCAGAGAGCUUCUCAAGUCCUUGGAAGCUGUCAGACCUUCUUGCAUCAUGGAUAUCAUCUACACCGGCGAACAUUUGGCGCUAGCGCCUAAGAAAAAGAAAAAGACGGUUUCGUAUAAGAAUAAGAAACCCGCAGAACAGAUGGCAGAACAGGAGAUUAAUGCUGACGGUAGUGUUAGUCUUGGAAGGAAGAACGAUGGUAACACAUGCGAGAAGUGCGGCUACAUUACAUCAAACAAGAUUUGCAAAGCUUGCGUUUUGCUUGCUGGUUUGGAAAGCAGCAGACCCAAGGUGGGCAUUGAAGAUGGCGCCACCGAGGGACCUGCUAAGCUCACCAGAACACUUGAGCAGUUAACGUUUUAA